AGAGAGAGAGACACGGGGCUCAAUGGAACAAAGACCCUGUGCUGUGACCAUUCCAGCAAAAAUCCUGAGUAUCUGAAAUCAAUGGCACAAUCAAGCUACCUGCCUUCAGUUCACCCAGUGGCAAUCAUCAGCCCACAGUUCUGUGCUCCUUACCCAGUAGACCUAACAAUCGCCAGCAAACUCCUCACCAUAACCAAGGGCGACUUCACCGCCACCGAUGUCAACGGCAAUGUCAUGUUCAGGAUCAAAGGCAGGUUCUUCACCCUCCACGGUCGUCACAUCUUGCUCGACGCCGCCGGAAACCCCAUGCUCACUCUCCAACAUAAGAUAUUGACUGCACAUAAGAGGUGGCAAGUGUUCAGGGGAGAUACCACAGAUGAAAAAGAUCUGCUCUUCAGUGUUAAGAAGUCUUCUUUGAUCCAAUUCAAGACACAGUUAGAUGUGUUCUUGGCAGGAAACACAAAUGAAGAUGUGUGUGAUUUCAAGAUUAAAGGCAGCUGGGGCGACCGAUCAUGCACCAUAUAUCUCGGAAAUACUUUAACCAUCAUUGCUCAGAUGCAUAAGAAGAACAUUAUUGGAAGAGAUAAGUUUGCAGUGACUGUGUAUCUGAACGUGGACUAUGCGUUCAUAGUUGCUCUUGUAGUGGUGCUUGAAGAGAUCCAUGAUGAAAGGCACAGGUAGAUCGGCCGGCCUUAGCCCCCUGACUCAAGAUUCUCUGUACCAAAAUUUGGGUAUACCUAUAUUUCAAGUGAUUUUCGACCACAAGAUCGUGUUUUGAAAUUUCGAUUAUGCAACCGAAAAUCACUUGGUAGACGAGGACACCUGAAUUUCGGUACGGAGGACUUUUGGUGUAGCCCCCUCCCUCUUGUGUUUGUAUUAGUAUUUGUACUUGAAACUCCUUAUCAAAGUUUCCACGUGGUGGUAUGGGCAUGCUGGAAGAUAUUUUGUGAUUUAAUAAAAUAUCAUUUGAUUA